UUACCUUCUCGGUAUUUCCAACUCGCUGUACAAACGCAGAUAUGUUCAACAAUGUUGCUUAGCAACAUUCACAAUACACGAUGGCUAUUCUUCAACCAGCUGUAAUAACCUUUCUAUUUUUGACACCCACGAUAACCGUAAAUUUGAUCAUCAUUUAACAUUUUAAAAAUAUAUGAAAAGGUAAAACACAAGGAAAUAAAAAUGGGGCCCAAAAAAGCAAAGGGCAAGGCUACAGAUUCUGUAGACGGUGUAGACACAUCUAAAAUGAGCAGGGAACAGCUGGAGAUGUAUUCUCAUAAAAUUCUCGAAGAAAUGGAGAGAGAACGUGAGGAGCGAAAUUUUUUUCAACUCGAAAGAGAUAAACUGCGCACUUUUUGGGAAAUAACGCGGCAUCAGUUGGAUGAGGCGCGGGCAACUAUUAGGAAUAAAGAGAGAGAAAAGGAAGAGUUGAUGGAGAAACACGAGACUGAAGUAAAAUUGUACAAACAAAAAAUCAAACAUUUGAUGUACGAACACGAGACAAAUUUAUCUGAAACCAAGGCGGAGCAUAUGGUUGCUCUGAAAAUUUCGCAGGAUAAUCAUAAUGACGAAGAAACGCAACUUAUAAAAGAUAAGAGUGAUCUGCGUAAAAUUCAGAAAAACCAAGAAUUGGCUUGUAUUAAUGAAAUUAGAGACAUUAAAUUGAAAAAUUCCGAGGAAACUAGUACACUAAUGAGAAAAUUUCAGUGUGAAGCUAUGGAACUUGAGAAAAAAUAUGAAGAGAAAUUAAUGACACAGUAUGAAUCCUUAAUCAUGAAGCAUCGUAUGGAGAUAACGGAAGUUGAGGAGAGAAAAAAUAUACAAAUAUCGAAUUUGAUAAAGGAGCAUGAGAAAGCCUUUUCAAAUAUUAAGUCGUAUUAUAAUGACAUCACAUUAAACAAUUUGUCUCUUAUGCAAAGUUUAAAGACUCAAAUGGAAGUCAUGAAGAGCAGUGAGGAACGCAUGAAAAAACAAGUGCGAGAGUUAGUAACAGAGAACAAAAAAUUGUGUACAAAUUUGAAAGAAUAUGAAGAACAAGUUGCUGAUCUGAUUCGUCAGCUGACAAACUACGAAAAAGAUAAAUCCUGUUUAAUAAACACAAAGAAAAGGCUUGCGUCGAUCUCCAAAGAUUAUGAGAACUUGAAGUGGGAAAAUGAAAUACUGGAAUUGAGAUUUGAAAAGUGUCAGAACGAACGUGACGAAUUACACUCGAGGUUUGUUUCAUCUAUUCUGGAGCUUCAACAAAAGACAAGUUUGAAAAAUGUAUUAUUGGAGAAGAAACUUGAAAAAUUAUCCGAUUUAAUGGAUCAGCGUGAAUUGCAAAUGAAUCAAGUGCUCGAGGUAUCGCUGGCCAACCCCGCUGCAAUGACGGCCGAAUAAUUAUUUAUUUAUAUAUGUUAGAAAUAGUGUACAAAUAAAUUUUUAUACAUCCCAAACCAAUUUGUUGUAAUUGUUUUCAUAAAGAGUAUGAAUUGACUUAGGCCUGAAAUGGAAUUCAUAUGUCAACAGAAUUUAUACACUUUUGUUUUUUUUAUUAAAUAUGAAAUAAACCUAAUUCAAAUGUAGGGGAAAAAAUAAUCUUGAAUCAAGUAUUGCAGAAUAUAGCUUGUUGGCAAGCUAAGUAUAUCGAGAAUAAUUGUGGUCAUUGUCUUUCAUUGUUGUCUUAUCAUUUAAUUGAAAGCAUCAUCAUGAUGGAUUACGAGUUGCAGCUAAU